AUAAUAAUCAUAUAUUAUGCUCUAGCUUUUCGUAACUUGAGAUCACUGCCACAAGAGCUUUGUUCUAUGAUCUUACAACAUGCUAAGUACAUUGAGCUUGCUAUGACUCUUUUGCGCCUUGCUAACACACAGUUACCACAAUGGGUUCGUUGGAUACCACCUACUGAGGGUUUUUACAAGUUGAGUUCAAAUGGCUCUCACAAAAGUAUGAAUGGUGUUGCCAAUGCUCAGGUGCUGAUCAGGUAUUCCUUAGGGCAUAAGAUAGUUGGAUUCAUGGUUAAUAUUGGACAUGCUUCCAUCUUGAUAGCAAAGCCUUGGGGUAUGAAAGCAGGACUUCACUUAUGCCAUGAGCUUGGGAUUACUAAAGUGGUUGCUGAGAUUACUAAAGUGGUUGCUGAGAUGAACUCUCUCAUUGCUAUUCACUUUGUUCAUGAAGGAAGAGAACUAGAUAAUUUAGUUGCUCCUCUCUUGUCUAAUAUCAGGAGCUUGAUGACUAAAUUGGAAUCUUGCAUACUACAACACACCUUGCAGGAAGUGAAUGCUGCAGUAGAUUUUCUAGCUUCUCUAGGACACUCUUCGCCUCUAGGUUUAUGUAUUUUGGACUCACUACCAAAUGGGCUUCAACCUAUCCUUUUAGGGGAUCAAAAUGGGGCUAGCUUCCUCCGGACCUAGUUUUUAUGUUUAUUUAGUUUUUUACUCUUGCUAUACCAAAAAGACUCAUAUAUUAUUUGUCCCUCAUAAAAUAACAAAAACAAUUUUCUAACCUGUACCCUAAGGACACAAGUUAAGCUUCAUUAAAUGCAAUAUUUGUAA